AUGGACGCCCGAGGAGGAGCUUGCGCCUUCGCUAGGGGGUGCAGAGAAACAAUGCACAAGAAGGAGGAGAAAACUUUAGCUGAAUCAGGAGAUAUUGAUCUAAAGGAAAGCGGCAAAAGCAACGUUACCGGCUCACCAGCCAGUAGAGGCAUCCAAAACCACUGCAUGCAGCCCCAAGAGACGAAUACGCACGGCUGGAAAAAAUCUAACAGUUUGGAUCGUUGCACAGCGGUUUGGGGUCAUGGUAUCUUCCUCCGUGUGUUUGGUCUAAAGCGUAUUCCUUUCCCACUUUUUGUGCAUUUCACCCCGUGCGCCGUUUUGGGGGGACUUCUUGCAGCAUGGCCUCUUACUGUUGAGCCAGGGAUCAUAAAUGGCCAGAAGCAUGGCGUGUCAUGUCAUUUUGGACGAUGUUUACUCCUUUUGGAGCCCUCUGAACAGCCUACAGCCUACUGUAUCAGUGCUCAGGUGCAUUUUUCGGCCGCACGAUACUACGGCUUUCUGGCGCUAGAAAAGCCUACUGUCUGUCUGGAGACUUUGGCUGCCAAUGCGUGCAAGCCAUCUAGCUGCUGCACGGAGAAUCGCUUCUCGGGAAGCCCUGCUGCGCCUGCAUGCGGCGCAUACUGGUCCUUGUCCUUUGGCAAGCACACACGCAAGAAUGCAAGAGCUUCACGCCUUGACAGUGGACCCCCACAGGCGCAAGCCAAUUGCACAGACAACCUACCCUCUCUGCCUUCCGCCAUAUUAGAGGAGUACCCGCGAAGUCCUCAUUCCAAGGUCGGCUCCGCUAAACAGCGGCCUGUACGACGCUCAAACAGCGAGGAGGUGGCAGACGCGGUCAUCAAUGCCACAGAAGCGGAUAUUCUGCGUCUUCUAGAACUGCGGGAUCCUGCUGAAGCAGCGCCAACCACGGCUGCCAACACCCCGACGCAAGCAGACUGCAAGCAACAACCAGCAGCCCGCGCACAAGGAUUCGCACGCUACGAGAUGGCCUACCAGGAGAAAGCAACAUGCGCAGAAGCACUCCGUAGGCACGACAGCCUCCCCAUGUCUUCUGAGAGCCACUGGCUUUGUGCAGGCCGCGUAAGAGGCGCGCAUGGACUCCUUGGCCAGCUGAAGAUACACCCCACCACCUUUGCCGCAGAAGAACGCUUCUGCACGCCUUGUAAGGUUGUCUUCGCAUCCCUGAGCCCUUUUCGAGCUGUCUGCCGGCAUAGCCUCUGCCUCCGCAUCGUCCUUGAGAUUUCGUUUCGCGUGCCUCUUCUCCUUGACGCUCCUUUUAGUGUUUCUGUUGUAGGCUUGGCGUUCAGAUGA